AUCGCUCAGGAUGUAAAUAACAAAUCUUCUAAUUAUUAAUACAAAAUUAACGGCAUUUUAAUUAACCCAUCAGUGUAAGUUAUGCAAUUGUAAACAAAUGCGGUGUUUAGUGAAUUACAUGCGUAGAGGUCGGAUGUAGGAGUGUUUCUGGAUUCCUUAUUGAUUUUCCGCGUGUUUGUUUCUUUUAGAAGACAUACAAAAUGUGUUACGUGUUAAUCUUUGUAUUUGCCAUUAUUACUGUAAUACAUUCCGCUCCAAAACUGGCAACAAAAACGACAUUUUGGGAUAUUCCAACGGGUCACUGUGACCCUGUUUGUUCAUGCCAGAUGGACGGGCUGUAUUACAGUGAAGGAGAACAAUGGGCUAAACCAGAGGACCCAUGUACCAUAUACAAGUGCUUCAAAAAUGGUUUCUACGAACCGGUGCAAAAAGGUUGCUGGUACAAAGAACAAUGUCACAUGGUGAACAGCACGUGGUCUGAAGGCUGCCACACUUUCAGUUGCACAGAAAAUGCAGAUUUUGUUUAUUACAAACUAAAGGAAGCAGGCUGUUCCUUGGCAACUGGCGGCUGUCUGCCGGUAGGUGCGAGAUGGGAUGAUGGUUGUGAUGUAUUGGAAUGUCAGCUUGAUGGCGAAUGUUUGAAAACGAAAAAAGUGAGAACUGGUUGUGCCGUGCAGGGAACAUGUAAACGUAUAGAUAGCUACUGGCACGAUGGCUGCACUGUAUACAUGUGUGCUAACGAGAGCAAUAGUGCUGUGACAAGGUCACUGGCAAAUGAGUUGAUGCAGUGGCCUGAUGGGAAUUAUGCCAUCUUAAAACCACAAAGCGGUUGUCCUAGCGAUGUCCCACAAGUUUGGUCGGAGGGUUCGAGGAAACAUUACAGUGCGGGCCGAAACAUCUUCUCUAAACCUCUCACGUUGGCAGGAAACUACACUGAAGAAUUUAUGAGACACGAUUUUUGUAUUCAUGGUACCACAUCUAAUAGCGCCAUGCUUCCGCGGUAUAAAACAUACUGGGAACAAGGCAGCUAUUGUAUCUUAAGACGGAAUGGAAUUUGCCCGAGAGGUUUUUCCGACGGAUAUAUAUCUUUUGAUGACAACAAGGCAAAAUCUAAAUCUGUAAGCACAGGCGUCCUUCCCGACGGCGACUUUAUGACGAAAACUGGUCUAUACUUCUGCUGCAGGAAAGAUGGGAGUGUCCUAAAUGAGAUAGUCCUUCCAAAGGACGAGAAUUUCGUGCUGUUCAUGCAAAAUGGAGAAACUGAAUGCCAGACUGUCAGAGGCAUGUCUCAUUCGGUAGAGUUCGUAACCUUUGAUGGCACAGCAAAGUCCAAACAUGAGAAAAGAGGGCUGACCCCUUCUGCGAAAAUUAUAGACGGCGACUUGACACUCAACUUUUGCCAUUACAAAACUAUGGAAUGUGGUUGUUCAGAUCCCUCUGGGGAAUUUGUUGCUGUAAACACAGAGAAGGAAAUAAAUUGUGUCAUAAAGAAAUGUAUCUCUGAAAUGGGAAUGAAGAUAUUCAAGAUAGUGUCCGGCGGUUGUCUUGUUAAUGGAAAAUGUCAGCCCGAGGGAUCUAGAUGGUCUGUCAACCACGGAGAGACCUGUAGAAGUCAGACUUGUGAGAGAGUUUUUGCCGGUCCAGUCACUAUGUUUGAAGUUAAAGAUGGCUUUCCAGGAUGCCGGGACGGAGCUGUAUGUAAGAACGUGGGUGAGGAGAUAUACAGAGGGUGUUACACCAGUAGAUGUACAUCUGAUCCUGUAACAAACACUACCGCUUUCAAAGUCAUUAAAGCAGACUGUCCAUGGUUAGAUUCCUGUAAAGCACCAAAUACAACAUGGGAAUACAAUUGUAUGACAUACCGCUGUGACAUGAAUGUAAAUGGUGGACAUUAUCAAUGGAAUGUACUGCCAAUCAAGUAUGGAUGCAAUGACGGGAAUGGAAACUGCUACGAAGUUGGCACGAAUGUAAGUGGCCAGUGCUUUGACGCGGUAUGUCGACUCAGUGAAAACAAGACGGUAGUCUACCUUGAUGUUACAAAAGGAGGGUGCGCUUGGAAAGAUACUUGUAAAACUGUAAAUGCUACAUGGAAAGAUGGGUGUCAUGACUUUAAAUGUGAAUGGAUUGAUACAAAAACGGGCUUUACAGCUAUUGUGAAUGCAACAGAUGUUUCAUGUGAAUGGAAUAACACGUGUUAUAAACAAGACGAUGUAUGGUCAGAUCGUUGCAUAGACUACAAGUGCAUCGUAACACGGGAAGCGGACGCCGUCAACUGGAGCGUACAAACCGUGCGACUUGCGUGCAGCUUUAAAGGCAAGUGUCUAGCUGUUGGUAAAGAAAUCACCAAGAAUUGUGUGACAUACAAAUGUAACCUCAAAGGUGACCAGUUAAGGUUGGAUCCCAACAAACAGUAA